GUUCCUCGAACCCAGCACGCCUGGGUUUGAAGGUACCCAGGCUUGGGUUCCUUGAACCCAGGCGUGCGUGCUCUGUACUCUCUUAUCUCUCUCUCCGCCUCUGAUCGAUGUAAGUAUAAAAUCCUCAUCUUUGGUUUUCUGUUUGUUUGCUGAGAAAGUAGAUUGGAAAAUCAGAGAAAUUGCUGACUCGGGUAUUUUAGUGUUUGAAAUUUCAUAUUUGAUAGUGAUAGUAUAGUCAUCUAACUCCUUGUCUGCUUAAGUCUUAUGUCUGUAGUCAAGACAUCUACUUGUUUUGCUGUUUCUAACUCGGGAGCUGAGCUCAUUGAUGCUGUUCUUGAUGUUGUGAGAAAGGAGGCAGAGAACUGUGAUUUGUCCCAGGCGCUGGUGCUGGGUUCCUUUGAACCCAGGUACGAGCUUUCGGAGGUAAAUGAAGUGAAACCUCAUUGUAAAUGCACCAAAUCAGACGUUCUUCUUCACUCCGUAUCUGCAUUCGGGAUUGACCUGCAAAGCCCCGAGAUGGAUCUCGGGGUAGACACUCCGAUGCUUAAUGACCGAGAGAUGCCCACCGGAUCUGCUUUCAUGGCCGGUUCAAAGGCCACUCCUUGCUUGAGAUCACCUCCACCAGAUUUACUUGGCCGGUGUAACUGCACCAAACCAGACGUCCUUCUUUACUCCGUAUCAGCACUCCGGAUUGACCUGCAAAGCCCCGAGAUGGAUCUCGGGGUAGACAUUCUGAUGCUUAAUUAUUUCGGGAUCGGGAAAUUAAGCCCAGCAAGGUAUUCAGGAUCUGUUGUGAGGAUGUCCAUCGUAACUGCUAUGCAGUCGUCCGAGCAGGGAGUUCUAGAUGUAACUCUUCAUUCCGGUUGUAAAGGAAUUACUGUCGUAUGUCCGAGGUGCGGCACCUCGGACCUGCCCUUACAGUCGGUUUGGAGAAAAUCAGAGUGGGUGGAUUGGAUUGAUCGUCUGGAACCUGACUUUGGCCAAAUUUGGAGAGAUGUGGGUUUGUUUGAGUUUAUACAACUCACCAAAUGCAGAUGCAACAUGGACAAGCCGGUCUUGGGUUCGGCUCUAUUAUUUUGGUCUGGCUCUUUCAACUGAUUUCAUUUUCCCUGUGGAACCAUGUCUGUGAGCCUUUUUGAUGUUAGCUCGCUAACCGGAUUGCCCUGUACUGGAGAAGAAAUUCCAGCAUUGUUAACCUUGCCUCCAGGUGUUGAGUACAAUGUGGAAUUGAAACCCUCUUAUCCAGCCUCUGUGAGGUCUGCCUAUGAUAAAAGUAAGCCUGUUAG